AUGGAUCUCACCGUGGAGUUUGGGCGCACGCCGCCGCCGCUGCUGCUGCUGCUGUUGCGCAGAGCCACCAGGCACCAAGCCCAAGGCGGUCAAGCUGAGUUCGAAGACGGCAUGGAUGAUACGACAUUCUCGGUCCCCCGUAUCAACGCCCUCUAUCCACGCCGGCAGAAGGCACAGAGGCUAGACAACGAGGGGGCCUGCAGAGCCUGCAGAGCCUGCGGAGCCUGCAUGGCAGAGGCGAAAGUGGAGGAGGUAAACAAGGGAUGGGGGCGCACACGACAGACUCUGCACAGGAUGCUGCAAGUGGUUGCGCCGCGCCGGAAAGACCGGGUUCGGGCACGUCUUGUGUGCUGCAGUUUUGCGUCGCCAGUGCCGGUCCACGAAUCCAGCGCGGGCUCCACCGUGACCACGCCUGCUGCCAGUCUCUGGUCCCAGUCGGGUCCCAGCUGGUGUCUGGUCCAGUUCCAGUGUCUGGUCCCGGUGGCCACCACGCACCAGCCAACCACCAGAGGCGGGCCCCACCCAGCCAAUCCGGUCGCAGCAACUCUCGCAGCAAGCAGUCACCGCCUCCACCCGAAAUCUCCAGUCUUUUUGCUCCUCCUGUCAAUCCCAGUCGCCGACAACGACUCGGGAAUCCAGUCCUGGCAUUUGGUCACGCACCACAGCCCCCGACAGACCCUGACGAUAAUUCUUACCAGCAUCCGCACCCGACAUGCGCCACCGUCCCGCGUCGCUGAGUGUGUGAGUCUGUUCCACUGUCCAGUCCGCGACAACCCACGAAGCCGGCAGACCCCAACGAAGCCGACGACGACGACGACGACGCUGUCCCUUACCCCGGCCGGACGACCCCCGCGACGACCCGACGACCCGACGACCACGGCAACCGUCACCCACCAGGCUGUUGCUCCAUCUACGAAACGGUACGGCUCGCCACAGCCCGCCACCGAAUAA